AUGGAGCUUAACAUAACAAGAAAUAAUUCUACAGAGCCAUCCCUCUGCAGUUUUGCCUAUCUAUUUUAUAGCACAAUUGAAGGAACCUUAAUUGGAUACCUUCGAAGGUGUGGUAAAGCCACUUUACAAGAAUUAAUAGAGCAUGUAGCUAACAGCAAGAACCUUCGGACAAAGCACUCAAAAAAAUAUAAAAAUAAAAAUAUCGAAAAAUUAGCUCUGUCAAAACUUGCAGCCAAUGGGCACAUUUUCACCAAAGGCCAAAGCGGGAUUUGGACGCUAAAUGUAAUUAUUAUUCAGGAAAACGCUGCUAUGGAAUAUAAGCAACAGAAAAUUGUCGAAAUUAAAAAAAUAAAAGAAAUAAAGCUAAAGAGGCAUGAAUCCAGGGAAAAAAAGUAUAAAAAAGAUAAAAACAACUGUAGAUGCUUAAAAUGUGAUAUUGAUUAG